AUGCACCCCACCGGCCUGCAAAUUCUCGCUACGGCGUUGACUGCUGUUGGUGUAAAUGGCCACACUCUUUGGUCCCGGCAGGACGCCGACUACCAAGCCCUUGUCGCAUCGCUUUCGAGCACCGCCAAGGUCUUCUAUUCGGGAUCUGACGAUUUCAACAAUGUCACGACGCGGUGGUCAAAUUUGGACAUGCCGACGGUGAAUGUGGCCGUGAGGCCUGCCACUGAAAACGAUGUUGUCGAGACGGUCAAGUUUGCCAAUAAGAAAGGUCUCCCCUUCCUGGCUACAAACAGUGCCCAUGGCGCCAUCACCACACUGGGCAAGAUGAAGAGCGGCAUCCUGUUAGACCUCGAUGAGCUCACGGGUGUGGAAAUUGCCGCAGAUGGCCAGACGGUGACAGUGGCCGGCGGAACCAAGUCGCAUGUUCUCUCUCACGCGCUUUGGGAUGCUGGCAAGCAGGCUGUCACUGGUGCAUGUGAAUGUGUCUCAUAUCUCGGACCCGGCCUCGGUGGUGGCCACGGAUUCCUCCAGGGCCGCCACGGGCUGAUUGGCGACCAGUUCCGUUCCAUGAACGUCGUGCUCGCCAACGGCACGCUCGUGACGAUCAAUGAGACCGCGACCCCGGACCUGUGGUGGGCCAUGAACGGCGCGGGCCAUAACUUUGGAAUUGUCACCAGCGUGACAUCCCAGAUCUACGACGUCGAACAUCAAGACUGGGCGCUAGAGCUGAUGAACUUCAGCGGCGACUUGGUGAAGGAAGUGUACGAGGUGACGAACAACGAGAUAUUGAAGAACGGGACGCAGUCGGUGGAUUUGAUCAACUGGAGUUAUUGGAUGAUGAGCCCGGAUCUUGAUUCCGAGAAGGUCAGUUCAGCCCUCGUCUUCCUCGGCACCCUACCAUCCCCCUACCAAACCCCAAAGUGUGCCAACGUUAUGUCUAACUUACUCUCUCAGCCCAUCGUCCAAGUCCUCCUCAUGCAAGAAGGCGUCACUACUGUCGACCCAGCCUACACCGCCCCAUUCCACGCCCUCGGGCCUCUGUCCAACUCGUCGGAAUCUGGCGUAUACACCGACCUCGCAAAGUUCGUCGGCGUCAGGACCACCGACGGCCCGUGCCUAAAGACCGGCGCCAACAACCCGCGCUUCCCCAUCUACCUCGAGACCUACAACACCACCGCCCAGAAGCUCGCCUUUGAUUUCUUCGCCAAUAGCAUCGUGGCCAACUCGGCGCUCAGUAACUCGUUGGUCACCUUUGAUGACUAUUCCAUGCAAGGGGUCAAGGCCAAGGCAGGUGAUUCGAGUGCGUAUGCGCACCGCGCCCAGAAUGUGUUGGUCGGGCCGUUGUUGCAGUACAUGCCCGGGGACGCGGCGCUUGACGAGGAGGUUGCGAAGCUAGGGAACGAGUUCCGCCAGAUUCUCCACAAAGGCACAGGACGUGAUUUUGUUCCCGUGUACCUGAACUACGCGUUUGGAAAUGAGGGGCCGGAGCAGUGGUAUGGACAGGAGGAGUGGCGUGUGACUCGCCUGCGAGAGGCGAAGGCGGCGUAUGAUCCCAAUGGCUUGUUUAGCUUCUAUGGACCUAUUGCUUAG